GAAGACGAUAAUUGUGUUGUGUGUAGAGACUGGAAAGAGCAGCGCAUAACAGUGCAAGCUGUGAAACAAAUGCAAUGAUGUGAAAGGAGUUUCAUGCUGAGUAACAGAGACACGGUCCACGGGCGUGGUGCUCGGAUUCCUUCCUCCUUUCUUCCUUCUUCCUCCUCGUAGUGCUGUCGUUUCGACGAACUGCGUUUGACUCUUACUCCUUUUUCCUCCAUUUUUUAUAUUUGUUUUUGGCUCUCUUUUCCUUCUCUUCUUCUUCUUUUGAUUUUGAUUUUCUACUUUUUUAUGAACUAUAUCUGUUUCUCUGUUUCGCUUUUUGGGUCGGCCUGAGCUUUCCAGAUCGAGCAUCGACAUCUCCGGGCGAGUUUGAUUCUUGUCUGUUCUUCAUUUUGUUUGUUUGUUUGUUUGUUUUUUUUUGAAUUUCCCGGAAAUAUAUGUGCUGUUGGUGUUGAAUUGAGUUGAAGAUAUUGUACGGACUUGCUUGUGUGCUCCGCAAUUGAGGGAAUUUGGGGUUUUUGACUGUGCUGUUUGGGUUGAUGGUUCUUAGGGGAUUCUUUCCCGGUUAGGGUGGUUUGGGUAUGCGGGUUGCUUUCGUUUGGAUCCAUGGAUGUGACGGUGUACUGGUUAUGGAUUUCUGGGGGCGUAGAGAAGCCGAUUAGGAUUUAUUUUUUGGGGUUUGUGGGUUCGAAAAUUGGGGCUAGUGAUUUUGCAGGGGAAUUAGAAUUUGAUCUUGUUUAGAAGGAUUGUUGCUGUUCCGUCUGUUCCUGUCAGGUGGAAUUGGAAUCUGGGUACUUGAGGUCUGCUCAUUGCCCCAUUUGGGCUUUCUCAAUUUUGAAUAAUGGAGGCUAAGUUUGGAGGAAAUGCUCAUCAUUUUUAUGGCCCGGUGGUUUCGGAUUUGAAGGUAGUGGGGAAGAGGAGUAUGGAAUGGGAUUUGAAUGACUGGAAAUGGGACGGAGAUAUGUUUGUCGCUAGUCGGAUGGAUUCUGCAAGUAAGCAGUUGUUCCCAGUCGGGUCAGAAAUUCCAGUGAAUGCUGGUUCCUCUAACAUCUCUGGCGAAAUCGGUUUGGGAAAUGAUAAAGCAAGGAGAGAAUUUGAGAAGCGGAGGAGGAUGAUUGUCGUUGAAGAUGAAGAGAUGAAUGAUGAAGUUGGGUCCCUUAAUCUUAAGCUCGGUAGGCAAGUUUACCCUAUAAUGGAAGUGGAGAAAGAAAAUUGGGAGGAUAAGAGUGGGAAGAAGACCAAGGUUCUUGGGGCUACCUCAAAUCGAGCUGUUUGUCAGGUGGAUGAUUGUAAGGCUGAUCUUAGCGAGGCCAAGGAUUACCACAGACGGCACAAGGUUUGUGAUGUGCAUUCGAAGGCCAGUAAAGCUCUCGUGGGAAAUGUUAUGCAAAGGUUCUGUCAGCAGUGCAGCAGAUUUCAUGUUCUUCAAGAGUUUGAUGAUGGAAAGAGAAGUUGUCGUAGGCGUUUGGCUGGCCAUAAUAGGCGCAGGAGGAAGACACAUCCUGAUAAUGUAGUCAAUGGCAGCUCCUUGAAUGAUGAACAGGGUAGUAGUUAUUUGUUGAUAAGUCUGUUGAGGAUACUGUCCAAUAUGCACUCAAGUAGUUCGGAGCAAUCGAAGAAUCAGGAUUUGCUUUCUCAUCUAUUGAGGAACCUGGCCAGUCUUGCUGGUACAACUAAUGGAAGGAACUUAACUGAGUUGCUGCAGGGAUCUCAAGAUUUGCUGAAUGCUGGGACAUCUAUUGGAACUUCAGAAAAAGUGCCAAAUUUGAUUUCAAAUGGGGCUGGAUCUGCAAUACCUGGUUCAGCCCAUAUGAUUGAUGAUUGUGCUCAUCUUCAGAAAGCUCCGAGGCUUAUGGGACAAUGUGUGGGAGUGCCUGCAACUGAAUUAGUAGAGAAAAGGGUUUCAACUGAUUAUGCUCAAGAUGGAACUCCAUCUGCUUCACAAUCCAAAAUUUUAGACAGCAUUGCAUCCAAAGCAAAAGCACAAGAAAGAAGUGGGGGGAGGAUUGAGUUGAAUAGCAUCGACCUAAAUAAUGUCUAUGAUGAUUCACAUGACUCUAUAGAGAACUUAGAGAGGUCUCAUGUGCCUGCCAAUCCAGGGAUUGGGUCUUGUGGGUAUCCUUUAUUGGUACAAAAUGACAGUCACAAGUCCAGUCCUCCUCAGAUUAGUGGGAACUCAGAUUCAGCUUCUGGCCAAUCAUUGUCAAGUUCCUGUGGAGAGGUUCAGAGUCGUACAGAUCGAAUUGUUUUUAAGCUCUUUGAGAAAGACCCAAAUGAUUUUCCUCUUGUUCUGCGAACAAAGAUCCUUGACUGGUUAUCCCAUAGUCCCACAGACAUUGAGAGCUACAUCAGGCCUGGCUGUAUCAUAUUGACAAUAUAUCUCCGGAUGGGAAAACCCAUGUGGGAAGAGCUCUGCCGUGAUCUGGGCUCCAGUUUGAGUAGGCUUCUGGAUGUGUCCAGUGACAAUUUUUGGAGAACAGGAUGGGUGUAUGCUAGGGUGCAGCAUCAUGUAUCAUUUAUCUGUGAUGGUCAGGUUGUUCUAGACACGCCAUUACCGCUUAAAAACCUGAACAAUUGCAGAAUAUUAAGCAUCAAACCAAUUGCUGUUCCUGUAUAUGAGAGAGCUCAAUUUGUAGUAAAGUGUUUUAACCUUGCUUGGUCCACCACAAGGUUACUUUGUGCUUUAGAAGGAAAGUAUCUGGUCCAAGAAACAUGUUAUGAUUUGAUGGAGGCUGCUGAUGCUUUUGCUGAGCAUGAUGAGAUCCAGUGCCUAAGCUUCCCAUGCUCUAUACCAAAUGUUACAGGGAGAGGAUUCAUUGAGGUUGAAGACAAUGGUCUCAGCAGCAGCUUCUUUCCAUUUAUAGUUGCAGAGCAGGAUGUGUGUUCUGAGAUCUGUACCCUGGAGGGUGUGAUAGAGGUUGAGACUACCAAUGACAAAAAGGAAGAAAAUGAAAUGACAGAGGCCAAGAAUCAAGCCCUAGACUUCAUAAAUGAAAUGGGUUGGCUUCUUCACAGAAGUUACUUGAGGUCUAGAUUGGGUAACAAGGAUCCCAACUUGAAUCUCUUCUCUUUCAAUCGGUUUAAGUGGCUCAUGGAAUUCUCCAUGGACCGCGAUUGGUGUGCUGUAGUGGAAAAACUCUUAGGUGUUAUAUUCAAUGGGACUGUAGACUUGGGAGAGCAUCCAUCAAUUGAACUUGCAUUGUUGGAAUUAGGUCUCCUACACAGAGCUGUGCGGAGAAAUUGCAGGCCUAUGGUGGAACUCCUGUUGAUGUAUCUCCCAUAUCAGGGUCUGGAUAAACCUGGAUUUGAGCAGAAGCAGCAGGUUGACAGCAGCUUGAAUAGCUUCAUAUUUAAACCAGAUGUCAUUGGCCCGGGUGGUUUAACUCCUCUUCACACAGCAGCUGGUAGAGAUGGUUCUGAUGAUGUUUUGGAUGCAUUAACUGAUGAUCCUGGAAUGGUGGGAAUCGAAGCAUGGAACAAGGCUCGAGACAGUACAGGUCUAACACCCAAUGAUUAUGCAUGCCUGCAGGGCCGCCCUUCUUACAUCCAUUUGGUGCAGAAGAAAAUUAACAAGAAACUGCAGAGUGGGCAUGUGGUGGUCGAUAUUCCCAGUGCCCUCCCUGGUUGCAAUUCCAAACAGAAGGCAUCAGAUGGACCUAAAAUGGGGAAAGCUGCUGGUUUUGUGACUGAGAAGAUUAAAACAAAAGGAAUGCUGCAGCACCCUCAGUGCCAGUUUUGCAAACAGAAGCUGGCUUAUGGUAAAUUGAGACCGUCACUGGCAUACAGGCCCGCAAUGCUUUCAAUGGUUGCUAUAGCUGCUGUGUGUGUUUGUGUGGCUCUUCUUUUCAAAACCUUACCUGAGGUUCAGUAUGCGUCGCCCUUCAGGUGGGAACUCUUGAAGUAUGGAUCUAGCUAAGGUAGCUAUUGGAUAGUCUUCAUCAGCUGUAGAUUAUAGAUACUUAUUUUAUAUUUGUAUUUUUCCCUUUAAACAAAAAAAGAAGAAGAAAAAAGAAUGUAGAGAGAUUGGAUGUAUGUAUGGAUUUAAAGUUGAGGGAAAAGUUCAAUGUGAUGGGAGAAUGUUGACAGCAAAACAGACAUGAAAAUUAUGAAAUGAUCUGUGAAGAUGGUGAACGAAUGAAUAAUGUACUAUUUGGGGGAGUUUCUCUUCCAUUCAAGAAUGAUGGGGUUGGCUCUA